CCCUCCCCGCGGGUCGGAGGUGACGCUGGGCGGAGCAAGAUGGCGGCGGUGGCGGUGGCGGUGGAGACGGCUCACGUUGCCAGGUGCGCCAACCGGAGUCCGCACGCUGUGUCGUGGGGCCGGGGCCUGGCCCUCGCAUCCUGUCGCUCGGUCCUGAUUUACGACCCCGAGAAAAGACGUGUAACUGAAAUUCUGAAUGGACAUAAAGGAAGAGUUAACUGUGUGCAUUGGGUUCAGAAAGAUGAUUGUGAUUCUGAGGUGGAACUGGUGUCUGGAGCAUCUGAUAGCUGUCUGAUCGUUUGGGAGUUGCGGAAUUCUAAAUUUGCAGCAUCCACCCGAUUGGAAGGGCAUUCAGGAGCUGUGUGUGCAGUAACUGCAAUACAUGGAGCUGGUGAAAAUCCAAAAUUGCUGAUUGCUUCAGCAGCAGCCGAUUCUUCUGUCAAAAUAUGGAGGAAACAAGGUUUAAUGGGAGAAUGCAUACAAACCCUCUGCUUUGGAAAUGGUUUCAUGAUGGAUGUUGCACUAGCGCGAUUGCCAGGCAGCGAUGCUGUGAUUCUGGCUUGUGGUGGCGAUGACAGCAACGUCUAUUUAUUUAUACAGGCAGGUGAACAAUUUCAGAAAAUCCAUUCACUUAGAGGCCAUGAAGACUGGGUUCGAGGAGUUGAAUGGGCUGCAUGUGAUGGGAACCUCUUGUUAGCAAGCUGCUCACAAGACUGCUUGAUACGCAUAUGGAAAAUAUUCAUAAGAACAGAAGCUUCUUCCAAGGAUUCUGAUGAAGGGAUUAUCAAACUGAAGGAAGAUGUCUUUAAUGUCCGUAGUAAUCAGGGCGAGGUGUCAUAUGCAGUGACACUAGAAACAGUAUUGUCUGGUCAUGAAAACUGGGUUUAUGGGCUACAUUGGCAUCCUCCUAUUUACAAAGAUGGCAGACUUGAACAGCCCUUGUCCUUGUUAUCUGCAUCAAUGGAUAAAACAAUGAUCAUUUGGGCUUCAGAUGAAGAAUCUGAUGUGUGGUUGGAACAGAUUCGUGUUGGAGAAGUGGGUGGAAAUACACUGGGAUUCUAUGGCUGCCAAUUUAGUCCCGAUGGAUCAAUGAUAUUAGCUCACGCAUUCCAUGGAGCUCUACAUCUCUGGCGUAAAAACAAAUUAAAUGGAGAAUGGAGACCAGAAGUUGUGCUUUCCGGACAUUUUGGCUCUGUCCAAGACUUGAUCUGGGAUCCCGAGGGAGAAUUUAUUUUAAGUGUUGGUGCUGAUCAGACAACUAGAUUAUUUGCUCCUUGGAGAAGGCCAGGAUACGACCAGGUGACCUGGCAUGAAAUUGCACGACCACAAAUACAUGGAUUCGAUAUGCAGUGCAUAGCUAUGAUCAGUCGUUUUCAAUUUGUUUCUGGUGCUGAUGAGAAAGUGCUUCGAGUCUUCACUGCCACCAAAAAUUUUGUCGAAAAUUUCAGUUCCAUUACUCAUGCGCCACUUGAAGAUAUGCUUUCAACAUAUAUAUGCAAUGAAAUCCCCGAAGGUGCCAGUGUACCUGCUUUAGGAUUGUCAAACAAGGCACUUUUUCAAGGAGAUUUUGCGGCCAAUCCAAGUAAAAUGGAUCCAAGUGCAAUGCCUCUCAAUGCUGCUGACCAAUAUUCCCAGACUUACUUCCAGCCGAUCUGCCUUACAGAACCUCCCUCAGAAGAUCAUCUUUUGCAGAGCACACUCUGGGCUGAGGUUCAGAAGCUGUAUGGGCAUGGUUAUGAAGUAUUCUGUGUUGCUUGUAAUUCCUCGUUCACUGUGGUGGCUUCAGCGUGUAAGGCCUCCAAGGUGGAACAUGCCGCAAUUAUUUUGUGGAGUACAUCGAAUUGGAAACAGCUACUUAGUUUGCCGUUGCACAGCCUGACCAUCACUCAGUUGGCGUUUUCACCAAAUGACCGAUUCUUGUUGGCAGUUUCACGAGACCGAACCUGGUCUCUCUGGAAGCAACGUGAAGUGGCUGAAUCUAAUACGGAUCCUUUUUUCUCCCUCUUCGCGCACACUGAUAAAAAUAACGCUAUCCACAGCCGAAUUAUUUGGUCAUGUGACUGGACUUUUAACAGCAAGUACUUUGUCACUGGGAGUCGUGACAAGAAGCUGGUUGUGUGGGGUGACGUGGAUUCAGCUGGAAGAAGUGAAGAAAAUCCUGGUGUUGUUCGACCGUGUUCCUCAGUGUUGGAUGUAGGGGAUGCAGUGACAGCUGUUAGCUUUAACUCUGUUACAAGUCUAGAUGGGAGCUAUAUUCUUGCAGUGGGUUUGGAUUGUGGAGAUAUAUUAUUAUACAAGUGGAAGCCAAAUGUAAAUCCAUCAGCAAAUAUCGACUGGGUGAAAUGUGUGAAACUGGACAAAUCACAAUGCCAUACCCUAACCGUGAAGCGACUGCGUUGGAGAGGACCUGUGGGGCGAGCAGGUUAUAAAGAUGAAGAUGGCAGUGAAUGGUUACAAUUAGCAAGUUGUGGUGCUGAUCAUGGUAUCAGUAUUUUCAAUAUUAAUCGAUUGUCACUUUAAGUUAACGGAAAGGAAUCCAUAUUCAGAUUUGCUACAUUCAUGUGGGAAAGCAUCUUCCAGCGAGCAGUAACAAUGUGCUACUAAUCUUAUUCCGCAGAUAUAGUGUAUAUUGUGAGUUUGAACAACUGCAAGACAAAUUGGGACAGAGGACAGUUUCAUUAACUCAUUUAAAAGUAAGGAUUUGAUAUUCAUGGGCAUUCUCUGGCCAAUGGUAUUUCAAUAACAGAACGCAGAAUAGGGACAAGCCCAGCGGCCCACAGUAUCUGCGCUAAACAUGAUGCCAGACCAAUUCUUAUCUGCGUGUACACAAUCCAUAUCCCACCACAUCCGUGCGCCUAUCGAAAAGUCUCUUAAAUGCCAUUAUCUAAUAAGCCUCUACACCACUGUCUAAAAAAACUUUUCCUUUAAACUUCUCCCAUAAAGGCAGGCCCUUAGGACUUUAUGUUUCCAUCCUGGGAAAAUGGUUCUAACUGUCUAUGCUUCUCAUAACUUCAUAUACUUCUAUCAGGACUCCCUUCCAGUGUUCCAGAGGAAACAAUCCAAGGCUGUCCAAUGUCUCCCUGUAGCAAAUAACCCCUAAAUUAAGUAUCAUUCUCCACUGCACUUUCUCCAAAGGCUCCAUCCCGUAUUGGGGCAACCAGAACUGAAUGCAAUUCUCCAAAUGCAGCCUAACCAAUGUCCUAUUAAGCUGCAUCUUGACUUGCUGACACUUGUACUCAAUGCCCUGAUUGAUAUGCACCAUAUGCCUUCUUUACUACUCCACCUACUUGUGUUGCCACUUUCAGGUAAUCAUGGACUUGGAUUCCAAGAUGCCUCUGCUGUUAAGUGUCUUGCCAUUUAUUGUAUAUUUUCCCCUUGCAUUCGACCUCCAAAGUGCAACACCUUACCUUGCUCAGAUUAAACGUCACAUGCCAUUUUACCACCUAUGUGUGUUGCUGAUCUAUAUCCUGCGGUAUACAUUGGCAGCCUUCCUCACAGUUUGUGACCCAAGCACUAUUAGUGUCAUCUGCAAAUGUAUCUACAUUUAUGUCCAACCUAUUUAUGUUUACGCUCGUCCUUUAUAUAUAAUCACAAACAGCAGAGGGCCAUCACAGAUCGCUGCAAUACUCCAAUGGUCACAGACCUCCAGCCUGAACCUUGUCCUUCCACCACAACCCUUCCAUUUUAUCAGUAAGGCAGUUCUGAAUUCAAACGAUCAAGUCAUUGUUAAUCCCAUGCACCUUAAUCUUCUGAUCAGCCUAUUAUGAAGGACUUUAUCAAAUGCCUUACUAAAAUCCAUCACCUUCAUUAUCUCCUUUACAAACUCAAUCACGUUAGUAAAACAUGACCUGCCAUGUACAAAGCUAUGCUGACUGUCCCUAAUCAAACCAUUCUCUGCAAAAUAGGAUAACAUUCUAUUCAGAGGAUUCCUCUUCAGUAGUUUCCCAGCCAUUGAUUUGAGGCUCACCAGCCUAUGGAUUCUCCUUACUUCAGAUCAACAAAGAAACA